AUGUCUUCCGUACUCACGUUCCCCGCCGAUUUUCCCGUCCUCAAUGAGCAUCUGUCAACGCGCAGUUUUAUCGAGUUUACUGGAAAACCAUCAUCAGCUGACGUCGAGGUCCUGAAAAGCCUUGGAGCGUCUCCCGUCGAUGCCAAGCUGUAUCCGCAUGUGGCUCGCUGGGCUCGCUGUGUUGCCUUUAACGUGGAGAAAAAGUCGAUUUGCAAUUCUCAAUGCGAAAUUGCCAAUCUGAUUCUUAAAACAGCCAGUGUUUCCGUUUCCUCGUCAAAGGCGAAUGACGAUGAUGUUGAUCUGUUUGGAUCUGACGAAGAGGAAGAUGCCGAGGCCGAGGCAUUGAAGGCCAAGCGCCUCGCAGAAUACAAUGCCAAAAAAGCAGCAAAGCCUGUCGUCAUUGCCAAGUCGCUGGUCACCAUGGAUGUGAAGCCAUGGGAAGAUACCACGGAUUUGGUGGAAAUGGAGAAAUGCAUUCGCGAAAUAGAGAUGGACGGUCUUGUUUGGGGAUCCUCAAAACUGGUUCCCAUUGGAUAUGGAAUUCGCAAGCUUCAAAUUUCCUGUGCAAUCGAAGAUGCAAAAGUAAGCAUGGAUUCUGUGGAAGAGCUGAUCGUGGGAUUUGAAGACCUCGUGCAGUCGAUCGACAUCGUUUCGUUCAACAAGCUCUAA